GAUUGCGGGUCGAACGAUCGACCGUCAGAAACCACAGACAAGGGCAAGCCUGAUCCAGCUUAUUCCGAUUCUGUGUUUUCUCAAGAUCAUCUUCUAUCCUGCCUGCCAAAUACUUCCACCAUUGAGCAGGAACGAUUCCAUCCAGAUAUGCCCUGCAUACAGUAUAAUCCCACGCCACCUGGUUCCACUUACAUUACCCAGGUGUGUGGUCAUGCCUCUGAUUUCAAUUCAGAAAUGAUGAGUUCUGCAAGUGCAAAAUGUAACAUGGACCUCAGAAGCUCGGAGAUUACUGCUUCUGCAACUACAUCCUUGCCAAGCUUUAGUACUUUUAUU